AACCAUUAACUCUGCUAGUGUGCCGGGAGACCAGAACGUCAACUUUUUGGCUGUCCAAAAACCGACAAUUCUGGCCUGUAUUUCGUGGAUUUUACGGCCGAGCUGGGGGUGGCGGAACCCAGCAAGAUAGCCCAGGUAUCAUGUCGACCAAAGUGAUCUAUUUUCUGGUAGAUGACAGGCCUGAACAAGCUGAAUUUCGUUCCGAUUUUCCAGCGGAUGAUAUCAAAGACUGUUUUCGAGCUGCAGCAGAGGCUGGACCGCAUGACAUCCUCAAACUCUACAACACCAAGGGUAACAUAGUCAAUAUAUCCCAGAAGUUGGAUGAGAACACCCCCGACACACCCUACAAACUAGAAGUUGUCGCUUCGCAAUUCACGGGAACUUUAGCUGAACAAUUAGGCUUUGACAUCCAAGACGUCGAAAAUAGGUUAGAAACUUUAGAGAAGAAAAUUGUCGUGGACAGCGGAGAGACACCAACUGUUGUCUACGAACUCAAGCACAAAGUAGAACACUUUAAGGAAAAGUUAGAAAGUGUAGAACAUUUAAGCUGGAUGGGGCUUUUCAAAGAAGUAGUGGCUGAGUCCCAAAGCAGGCUUCCAUUCUACAAGCAGAGACUAAGGAAAACAGAGGAAGAACAGAGGAGAGUGUGGGAGAAAUUCAACAAAAUCAAGAAUGUGCAGUUGACAGACGAUGUCAGGGAGUAUCUACGGAAGCCUACUUUUGACAAUUGGCAGUGGGAGGAUGCUGAGAUGAUGGUACUCCUGCAGCAAAUGUACAUAGAUUUAGACUUCACUACUAAAUUCAAUAUUGAGAUGCCAGUAUUACAAAACUUCCUCUUUGAGGUCUUCAGACACUAUAACCACGUACCAUUCCACAAUUUCAAGCACUGCUUCUGUGUCUCACAAAUGAUGUAUGGCAUGAACUGGCUCGCUGACCUGUGUCAUUUAGUGGGAGAGCUUGAAGUGCUUAUCAUGGUGACGUCUGCAAUCUGCCACGAUUUAGACCAUCCAGGAUACAAUAACGCUUAUCAGGUGAAUGCAAGAACAGAGCUCGCACUCAGGUAUAAUGACAUCUCUCCUCUUGAAAAUCACCACUGUUCAGUAGCAUUUCAAAUUUUGGAAAAGCCUCAUUGCAACAUCUUCAAGAACAUGGGCCACGAGAGAUACAAACGGGUACGAGAAGGCAUGAUCAGCUGCAUCCUAGCCACAGACAUGGCCAAACAUAAUGAGAUCCUCAACAAGUUCAAGGCCGUGGUGCCAGAGUUUGAUUACUCCAAUAAGGAACACUUGAACCUGUUAAUGCAGAUCUGUAUUAAGGUUGCUGACAUCUCCAAUGAGGCCCGACCCAUGGAUGUAUCUGAUCCCUGGAUCGACUGCUUACUUCAAGAGUUCUUUAAUCAGAGCGAUGUUGAAAAGCUUGAAGGCUUACCAGUGGCACCCUUCAUGGACCGAGAGAAGGUGACCAAGCCCUCGUCACAAACCGGUUUCAUCCGAUUUGUGCUGCUUCCCCUCUUUGAAGCCCUUGGGGUGUUACUUCCCAAAUUGGAGGAGCAUAUUAUUGAGCCGGUGCGGAAGGCUCUAAACUACUACUCCGAGAUGGCCAAGGCAAUGGAAGAGGAGAAACGGAAAAAGUCUGAAAACGACAAGACGACGCGACAAGCCAACGGCGAGACGCCCAAGAUCAAUGCCACCAAUGGUACCCCCACACCAGCCAGCAAGCUAAACGGUGACACCCCCUCUGCAGGGCUCAGCAAUGCCACUGACAAAAAAGUAGUCCGAACAAAUCUCACCAUGUCAAAGGUCGGGGGGUCAUCCAAGGUCAGAGGCAACCCAAAAUGACACUGACUCCCAUUUAACUUGUAAAUUAUACAUAUACAUAUAUUAUACAUCAGAGACUUUCUAGCAGCGUCAGUUUGCUGAUCCUCUUUGUAUGAGUUUUAUUUAUGAGCAGCCGAUAACUGCGAGUGAAGGAAUGUAACAAACAAGGUGAGAGAGACAGUGAGAAAUGGAGAGAGAUGUGUAGUCACAGUGCAAGGCCACCACUUGUGUUCAUGCAGUGUGUGCUAAAUGAUGUAGCAGUGAGACUUGCCAUUGGUACCAGCUGAGGUCAGAUGACAGACACCAUUUGCUCAACAAUUUUACGUGCUGAGAAAAAAAAAUAGCAAAACGCCAGUCAAAAGCAAUACACACCAUGACUUUUUAUAGCUGGUAACCAGCUUUUGCUGAGCAGCUGUACUCUGUGCUGAACAAGUUUCUAAAAUGGACCUAAACUGUCAGCCCCACUGACUAGGUCCGCUCCAUUCUUGGUCUACCAUUUCUGGUCAUCUGAGAGUACGUUCAUCUCAGAUGUACCUGUUACUUGGUAUCUGGUGAGUACACUGCUGUCAAUUCUAUUGCUGCGUUUUGUUUCCUAAAAGCUCAAAAGUUUGAAACACUGUACGUGUGGCUAAAACUGAAACUUUGACGCAGCUACUUUCAUGUGAACAAGGAAAUGACUUCAUCUGCCAGUUUUAGACUUCAAACUUAAUGUCAAAUUAACUGCCAUUUACUUUCUUGAAGAAAGAACUAUCUUGGCCGUUCCAACACCAGCAGAAACCUUAGUGACAACUUAGUACUGCCAUUUAUUUCACACUUGUUUGGUGCUGUAUUAAGAAAGUGUAAAAUGGUCUGUGGAUUUUCAGCUGCAUUGAGUAAAAUUUCUUCCUUGCAAACCAGCUGAUCUCACCCCAGGGGAACCAACAGCAUGGAAAUUCAUCAUCUCACUCAUGCUGGAAGAACAACGGCACUGUUUAGCCAAUGCUGCAGAAAGAAGAAAGUGUGCUAAGUUACAAAUUCAUUUCAUGCAUAGUUGUCAAAUUACAAUGAAUUAUUAUUGAUUUGCAGUUACUUCCAUUUUUAACCCCUUCGGAUAAAGUCUUGGGCCUUGUCAUUUAAAGAUGCUUUGGUUGAUUUUGAAAUAUAAAAACAAAGAAUCUAAUCUAAAAAAAAAAUGGUUACAGGUUCCAUUUUAUGUUUCUUACAUUUCAGAUAAAACCAGUGUAGCACAAAUUCUAAACAAAUAUUUGUAUCACAGAUUAAAUUACUAUGAAAUCAGGAAUCAAAGGAAACCACCAGUCACAUUGAAAAACAAGUCAUUAUUUUGGUGAAAUCAGGUGGAUUUGAAAGAUGCUGAGAUGAACUUGGCUGAGGUCUGUCUUGUGUCUGAUGCACACAACUACAGAUUCUGUUGCUGUUGAAAAAGUUGACACUGUUCAUUUCCAUGGCCAACUGGGUUUACAUUGAUAAUCCACCCAUUUGCUUUCCACCCAUCAGUCCUUGAAUACCCCCCCCGGCCUUCCCUGUGUGUUACUCUAUAUUCUUUCCCAAAUCAUCCUCUCACUGCUUAGUUUUAAAGAUUGAUCAAGGUAUAGGUAUGAUGUAAUGCAAGUACUAAUAGAUUAAAUAAGGGGAUAAGAUUAAUUGAGUCAUUAUUACCCCUGACCAUCAUGCUUGUAACCACUCUUACCUUAACAAUCAGCAGUUGAUUUAAGUGUCAUCAUAAUCUUUUUCUAUAAUCUGUACCUGGGAUGUAAUUUGAUCCAUGGUUAUCAGUACUCCACUGUUGUCACCCCAGGGGAGAAUAAGCAAUUUUGUCGGUGUCUUGUUGAAAGACUGGACUUCAUUAUCUGUGCCUGGAGACUGAUCAUGUUUUCAGUUUCACAUUGAAACCCAAGGCCCCCAAAUAAACAAAACUUGUGGAGCCUGGAUCAAGAUAAAAGUGUUAAAAUAUCCAGAUGAAAAUGUGAGAUGUGUAUAUAUGUUACCAUUUUUCACUUGGCUGAAUGAUCCUCUUUCCCGUUGGUUUCAAGGAAAGAGCCUCAGUUUGCCACACCACAAAUAACUGUGCUGCAAGACAAAUUGGUUUAGUUUCUCAGGAAAGCCUCGUGUUUAAUUAAUGUAUUCACCUCUCUUUUGUGUUUCUGCAAUUCCUCCAAAAGAUACCAAUACCUUUGUGAGAAUGUAAAGCCAACUAUUUAGAGAUUUUGCAAAGGUUUUUAAAACACGGGCCAAUUUGAAAGGGUGAUGUGUUAUACCCUAACCACAAUGAAAACUUACACUGUUCAAAGUUCAAGUUAAUUAUCAGUCUGAGAUCGUUUUUGUUCUGAGUGCUGCGGAUUAAGUGUCAGUGUACACUUCAUUUUUGCAAACCUGACUCCACCAGCAACUAGCUUUGGAAAUGCUAAUAAGAAAAGAAUGCAUACGGUCUUUAUUCUAACAAUACAUCAAUGAGUGUGUAUGUAUGUUGUGAAAGGUUGAGAGUGAAAUUAGGUAUGCGAGAAUGAACAGGUUGGUGAAUAAUGAGGAACCAGACGGAGAAGUAUGGGUUAAAUGCAUAAUGACCAUUUGCAUAGAAUAUAACUGCCCAUGACCACAUUUGACCCCGCAGAAAUUUACUGAGCUGGUAUACGGGCGAUUCACAAAAGUGCACCACCAAGAGUUUUCAACGCGUUGGCCAAUCACAGCGUGUGAAAUCUGUCGACCCAGUGCAUGUCUAGUAAGGGUCAACAGAUGUUGCACACUGUGAUUGGUCAAUGCAUUGCAAACGCUUGGAGGCACACUAUUGUGAAUCGCCUGUAUUGUCAAACCUGUGGAAAAUUCCCACAGAAAAUCUCAUGAGAAUUCCACUGGAUAUUCCACUACGAUCCGUUUGGUAAGUCCAGUGGAAUGUCACAAAUCUUACACUUUCUUGGCUCUCCUGUUGAGUUCCCACCUUAUUUGAUUCCUAUGGCUGAAAGUCAAAUCACCAUGGUAAUUGCAGUGGUGUCAAGUCCCGCCGUGGAAACUAUUUUGUUAGCACAGUGUGAUUUGUAAAGAAAGGCUUGUGGUGAUGAAAGUUGUUCUUAAUUUAUGAACAUUUCUUCCAGAUGAGUUACUUGAUUAGUUCUUUUUUUAAUAGAGCAUAGCAGAGCUUUUGUUUAUAACUCUGCCUAGGCCUAAACCCUGUGAUAUUUUAAAUUAAGAAAAAAAAUCAAUGCCAUUCGAGCGGUAAGUGAUUUUUUCAAAUGUUGAAAUAAUUUUUAACAAGAAAGCAAAUAAUUUAGUUUAUUUAUAAGUAUGAUGUGCAUAGAGUUUGUGAAAAGUUGUAAAUACUGUUAAUAAGGAACCAAUCAAAGAGAUGUAAAUGGUUCAUUUUCCCCACAAAUUUACCAACCAAGUCUGUGGUCUGUUUGCCCCCGGACAGCUGUUCAGAAUGCACUUCACACUCCCUCCUAAGUUUAUUCCGAUUUCAACCGUGUCCGUUUCGAUUUUACUACCUUCUUGGCGGUUCGCUUUUCACUGCCGAUUCUCCUAGUGUUUCGCUGUUUCUGUAUCCUUUAUUUUCCUUUUAAAUUUUACCUCCAUUCAAAAUAAAAUAAUGGAAGAUCGUCGCUAUUUGUACUUGAAACUAUAAAAUUUAAUACUUAUAAAGUGUUGAGUUUAAUUACCAAAUGCGCACUGUGUUCCAAUUUUUAAGGGAGUUUGCAAUCGCUCUUAUUUAAAUAUCGACCGUAUUUUGCUCUUAAUUCUAAAAUGAGCCUUUCUCUCUCUGGAGAAAUUAUCAGCGAGACAGAUUCCUGGAACAGUAACAUACCUCAUCGUGGACACUUACUUUCAUUGCGCCGUAUUGAUGAUAAUAAUAAAAUAAGCGGCUCCAUGAACAUAUUGAUUAGUUACACUCAGUGUAACUAACAUUUCUAAUGUAACUUUAUGUUGACGCAUUAAAGUGAACAUGGAACUGAACUACACUGCGUAGAAUGGACACCACGUGGGUUGUUGCUACACUGUGAUCUGUACAAAGAAAGAAUUUGAAAAUAUACCAUUCAUGUUUCACUUUACGUCCAUGAUUUUUAAAUGAAAGUAAAACAAAAAAAGUUUGAUAGUCAGAAACCAGGUUUAUCCAGAGCAGUUGAGGAUUUCCAAGUAAGUUUGAUAGUCAGAAACUAGGUUUGUCCAGAGCAGUUGAGGAUUUCCAAGUAAUUGGUGCUUAAAGUGUGCUAUGUUGGCGGAAGAGAGGUACGCAUAAUAAUCCUUAAAAUGUGAUAGUAAGUCAAGGUGCCCCCUUGACUUACUAUCACCUUGACCAACUUUUCUUGGAACUUGGAAUUUAGGUUUAAACAGCUGAACUGUAAAGAACUAUAACCGUAAUCCCGAUCGCCACUUUAUUUUUGUCUACGAAGUAAGGGUCUCAGAAAAUUCAAGUAAUUUGAUUGGAUAUGUAUUUCUUGAUGAAGUAGCCAGGAUACUGAUGUUUUAAAAUAAAUUCAAAAGAAAAGAAAUAGGUUAUUUUUCAAGGGGUUGAUGUGUUUGUAUCUCUUAAGCUGCAACGUAACCUCUUUCAUGAAGUGAGAGAGGGGAGAAUUUAAAAUGAUCUUGUGUUUUAUUUGCCCAGAAUAACGAAACUCCUCAAAAUUAUACCGGUAAGCAAUUUUUUCCCAGAUUUCAGUACGCCAAACUUUCAACGUGGCAAUAACAGUGAUAGAGCAACGUAUUGCCAAUAUUCGUUUCUGAGUCACAGAAAAUGCUAGAUUUUUAUUGUAAUCUCUUUGUGGUAUCUGUCGUGAAUUUAACUUGACAUGAAAAAGCAGCAGGGGCAACCAUUUUCAGGCCUUGUACUUCAAUCUUGUGUUUUUAUUCCAUUCGGUCAUUUGAUUGGGCGUCGGUUGCUAGGUACUAGCGAAAUGACGAAUGCACACGGUUUAAACGGGUAACUACUUUUUAGAUUAGCAUACCGUAUUUUGUCGCAUCUGUUUAACGAGUGAGCCACUUCUCGCCGAUGAGGUCUAAAUUUUAUUGAGUUAUGUUUAGUUCGCCGUUCUGCCCAAUGUUCAUAUUUUCGGACAUUGCUUCUGCGUCUGUCGGAUACGAAUCUGUCCAGUGGGGAAGCAGGUUUUGGAGAGAACACGCCCCUUUUUACAUGAAACCUCUCCGCAUGUCUUGCUUGAUUAAUGUGGUUAAAAUAACUGACAUUUAUUCGUUAUGAUUGGUGGGAAAAUGGCUCUGAUGUUUUUCUGUAAUGUAUAAUAAACGUCAGAUCAAAUGAAAGUGAUGUGACUAGUUUUUCUAGAUGGUUCAGAGUGGUAAUUUGAUUCUUGGAAUUUCAUUUUAAAACAUUUUGAUGUGGAAGCGCAAAAGUUUAAAUAGUUGCAUAUGUGAAUAUAUUUAUAUUUAUUAGAGGUGAUUUUAUAGGAGAUAAUGUAGGUUGAAUGCGGAAUGACAUAAUAUGGACGUUUCGGUUGCAGUCUGCUUUCUCUGAAUUUCAGAAAUUGAAGAAAAAAAAGAUAAAUAGUUGUAGUCAACAUUUUGUCAAAUGUAUGAUAAUGAAACUUAUACUACCAAGUUUUUAUCUUGAAAAUUAUUAUCACUUUUGCCCUUAUAAAUUGUUCAAUAUUCCCAAAGUAACCCCCUAAAUUAUGGUUUAUUUCUUAAUAAUUCCACCGGCUAUAUAAGGGAAAUCCGUCGAAGUUUGGAGCUUGUUCGCUUCUCUUUGACGAAAUGCAGAUAUCUUGAAUGUGUUUGUUCCACAGCGAGGCAAUUUGUCGCCCGUAUAACUACAUUUCUUGCCUGGUUUAUGAACCAGUCUGUUUCAUAUGUAUAGCUUGAAGUUCGUUCCUAACCAACUUAAGCCUGAAAUUUUCAUUAUAAAAUGAGUAAAUUAUGGUGAAUGGUAGCUUUCUGUUCUCUUUGAUUCUCCUUAACAUAGGUGUUUGUAUUUACUGGAAAGAUGACCAGAUUUGGCCGUACCAUCGACAACCAUUAAUUUUCUGGCAGUUGCUUGAAUAUUCUAUUAUAUACGCAUUUAACCCAAUUUUGUAUUUAGAAAGUAAAAAUCGUGGAAAAGGAUUAAAAGUGGAUUUUCGGGACGAUCUUAUUUGAUAACUUCAAUCACUGUGUAGAGUUUACUACAGUUACUUCCUGGAAUCGUAAAAAAUAACAUUUGAAUACAGAACAAAGCUUUGUUAAUAUAUCGGAAAAAAAGUUCUGGUAACCUUUUUUCUGGAAACGCCUAACUUAUGUCUGUAUAGAGAGUCCAUUGAAAGAUUGAAAUAAAUUCCUCAGAGAGAUGGGAAAGGAAA